AUGAUCAGAACGACGUCGUCGGAGGGAGCGUGGCAGGGCGAUAAUCCUCUCAACCACGCUCUCCCUCUGUUGAUCAUUCAAACCAUUCUCGUACUUUUUCUUAGUCGCACCCUCGCCUUUCUACUCAAACCCCUUCGCCAACCCAAAGUCGUAGCCGAAAUCAUUGGUGGAAUUUUGUUGGGACCUUCUGCUUUUGGACGCAACAAAACAUUCAUGAACACAGUGUUCCCAUCGUGGAGCACUGCGAUGCUGGAAUCUGUGGCGAGUCUUGGCCUCAUAUUUUACCUUUUUCUAGUGGGUUUGGAGCUUGACCUUGCCACGAUUAGCCGGAGCGGGAAGCGAGCCUUCAACAUCGCGGUGGCCGGAAUAACGCUGCCGUUCAUCUUUGCCGCGGGAGUGACGUUCCUUCUGCAAAGAGCCGUUGGGUCUGAGAACCAGAACUUUGGGUACCUUCAGCACUUGGUUUUCUUAGGUGUUGCUCUGUCCAUCACAGCUUUCCCUGUGCUCGCGCGCAUUUUAGCUGAGCUCAAGCUCUUGACCACGAGUCUCGGAGAGACUGCCAUGGCCGCGGCGGCGUUCAAUGACAUGGCGGCGUGGGUUUUAUUGGCCUUGGCGGUGGCUUUGGCUGGCCAGGGACACAAAGGGAGCUUGCUCACAUCAUUAUGGAAGUUUUGGUUCUGUCUGGUUUUAGGAGUGGCGUUUGUGGCGUUGAUGAUGAUCCUCGUUCGACCCCUGAUGAACAGAAUUGCGAAUAAGUGUUGUCACGAACAUGACGUGUUAUCCGAAACGCACGUAUAUUUAACCCUUGCAGGAGUAAUGUUUGCAGGGUUCAUGACAGACAUAAUAGGUAUACAUUCAAUUUUUGGAGGCUUUAUUUUUGGACUAACCAUACCCAAGGAAAGUGAAUUUGCAAGCAGAUUAACCAGAAGAAUAGAGGACUUCGUCUCCACGUUGCUGCUUCCCUUGUACUUCGCUUCAAGUGGUUUGAAAACUGAUGUGAGUAAGCUCCACCGUAUGAUGGAUUGGGGACUUCUUUUGUUCGUCACGUGCACGGCUUGUGCUGGGAAGAUUCUGGGGACUUUUGCGGUGGCAGUGAUGUGCAUGGUGCCUCUCAGGGAAUCGUUGACUCUUGGAGUUUUGAUGAACACCAAAGGGUUGGUGGAGCUAAUAGUUCUCAAUAUUGGGAGAGAGAAAAAGCAGGUUCUAAACGACGAGAUGUUUACCAUCCUUGUGCUCAUGGCUCUCUUCACCACCUUCAUUACAACUCCAAUUGUCUUGGCCAUAUAUAAACCCUCUCCUAUUAACUCCAUUCCGCAAAACCUGUCCCGGCUCACAGAAUCCAAGCUUCGUAUUCUUGCUUGCAUCAUGGAACUUACAACAUAA